CGGUAAAAACAUACGCCGCCGUCGUACUACCGAAGCAGGUAUAUCACGGGUUAACGAUAUGUAUGUAAUUUAUGAUAACAAAUCGACAAUAACAUUUUAGAUUUAGGUUUUUCGAAACUACAAUGACAACGACGAUGAUGGCCGGUUACGUAUUAAAUCGCCCAGGCGCCUCACUACGAUUGUUGUUAUCUGCGAAUACCAACAACAAUAAUAAUGCUGCUGCCACGACUUUACACGACCGAUUCGCCGUCCAGGUUAGACAUUUACACAAAAAAGUAAAAAGAAGUAUACCAUGGGUACCUCCACGAAGCAAAUUUGAAGGAAAUGCUAAGGCCAUAGCGUCAAGAGGAUUUUUAAGGCCACUUAAGGAGUAUGACCCUCCAUUAGAUAUCAGGAACAUCAUAGUAAAAAUAGCUAAUAAUACAGUUAAUCAAACCAAAGUGUCAUACACACUAGAUAAAAAUGAAAAAAUUCGUUUACUAAAAAAAUGUGAAGAAUUGGUUGAUCAUAAAGUACCAAAUUCACUUUUACAUACUGUGAAUACUUUAGGUGAUGUAUUUGAAUUUUAUGAAACACCUGUAGACACAGUUGUACCAUAUGAUGCACUUCAGAAUCGUGAACUGCCGCCUAAUCUUCAUAUAUUAGCCAACUAUCAUAGAUUCCACCCAGAGACAGACCUAAUGUUUGAUGGUGUCACUGCAUUUCCACGCAGUUCAAACUUGGUUACUGGUCUAAAGACUAAAAAGAAAUACAAAGGAUUUACUACGUUAUCUCCUUAUGAUUAUAAAGAUUAAAAUUAUUUUGUACUAUAAUUUUUAGAAGAAUAUUAAAAGCAAAUAGUAGUCGUUAUUGAUCAA